GCCUUGAACGCCGUCGAGCACCUCAGUCGUAUCUUCUUCCUCCUUCCAUCAACACUGCAGAGUAGACGGUGCAUCGGUGGCUCUGCGUGCUCGCGUGCCGUGUUCUCCGACACGACGUUGUUGCUCGCUUCACGGAUCACCCUUUGAUCAGACCAACCACCGGGAACGCUUGUUGCAUCUACCGAACCUGUCAAACAAUCCAAGUCUGAAAGAAACCUGGGAUCGAAGAGCAAAAGAGAAUUACUCGUAGCGAACUGCCCUUUGAAAGCGCGAUUCAGCUUCGAGACCGUUCCUCGCGAUCGUUUUAUAUUUAGGGGGAUCGACGCGUUUUUGUGGAAGCACGGAAUACUUUCGUGACUCGAGGAUUCUCGACGAACGGGCACUCGAAACGAUAAAUUUCACGCGCCAGGAGAUCUACGUUGGCAGUGUAACUCUAUCGAGAUUUCGAGAUACUCCAUCGAGUUCGAGAGAUACGUGUUAGUUUUAGGCGACGAACGUUCAUUGGAAAUGACGUUCGCCGCACAUAGUCGUGCAUUUCUGCGAGACAAGUAUCUCGGAUUGCUAGACAGUUUCGUGACAGAGACGGGGAAGUAGUUGGUAACUGACCUAGGGUCGCGCAGCUUGAUGAAUAUUGAGUGACGAGUUGAUUCGUUGGAACGCUCGUGAACAUCAGCUCUUCGCUGCUUCACGAGCUAAUCUUUCGCGCGCUGUUAAUUAACGGCAUCGUUAGCCCUUCGUUUCCAUGCCGGCUACGCGAACUUCCGUGUAAAUGUGUCUCGGAAACGAUGAUUGAUAACGCUCUCGGACGCUGAAAUCUGUCAGUGUUUGCCUUGCAAAUUGAAAACGAGGAUCCACGAGUGGAUUCUGAAACUCAAUGCGUUCUUCCUCGAUUUUUCAUUCGGAAGUGAUAGUGGAUACUGUCUGUCGGUGUCUGGAAACAAGAUUUUCGAAAUAGAAACACUUGGUCAGCGACGAGAUAUGGGAGAGGAGCUUUACCAUGGUCGUCGUGGCUUCAUCGGCGAUCACUGUGGUUGAGGAUUUUUCCAAAGACACCUUAGGAAGGUUGCGUAUUCGGUACGUGAUGCCGGCGGCGCACCUGACGCUGCGCGAGGAGGAUGUGGUACGACUGACCUUGGAGUUCCUCCACAGCCGCGACCUUCACAUCUCGCAGCUCUCGUUGGAACGAGAGACCGGCGUGAUAAAUGGCCAGUACAGCGACGACGUCCUGUUCCUUCGUCAGCUGAUCCUCGACGGGCAAUGGGACGACGUGCUCGAGUUCAUUCAGCCGUUGGAGGCGUUGCCGGACUUCGACAUGAGAAAGUUCACCUACUCGAUCCUCAGGCACAAGUACGUGGAGCUGCUGUGCAUCAAGUCCGAGGCGAACCUGAUCGCCGCCGGCACGAACGGCAGCGUCGACAACGCGGUCGAAGAGGUGGUGAAGGUAUUGAGCGACCUCGAGAAGGUCGCGCCAUCCAAAGAGGAGUACAGCAGCUUGUGCCUGUUGCUGACGCUGCCGCGGCUCACGGACCACCUGCAGUAUAAGGAUUGGAAUCCGAGCAACGCGAGAGUUCAAUGCUUCCGCGAGGUGCACCCGUUGGUCGAGAAGUUUCUGCCUGGUGACAGAAAGAGCACCGACCCCGCACAUCCCGUCACCUCCGCGAAGAACGAUCGGCUCAUACAGCUGAUCAUCAAGGGCAUUUUGUACGAGUCUUGCGUGAAUUACUGCCAGGCUAAAGCUACCGGUUCGAAGGAGAGCGAACAGGUGGAAAUGAAUUUCUCGAGACUGUUGGACGGCUCGGUCGGUUUCAGCGAUUCCGACCUAAGUCUACUUUCCUGGCUGCAGAGUAUACCGCCGGAAACGUUCGCCGUACCAUUCGCUCAACGCACGUUAAACGUGGACGUGGAACGACUGGAACGACCGUCGUUGGAGACCUCCUGGACGGAACACAUGUUGAUCACUCCCAUAAAGCCGAAAACGUUCCCGCAUAGCGCGAUGCCGUUCACCAGGCCAAGAUCCGCCGCUGACAUGAUGUCUCGCAGUUUAGUGCCCGCUUUAGAAGCUGGACUUGGACCAAGGAGCCCCGGGCCUAAAAAUACACCGAUACCAUCUGCGGCGCUAAUGGCUCUGUCCACCGGUGAUAUAAACCCGAUGUCGAGAUCAUCUUUCGCGAGCUUUCAUCUAACCGGUUUUAAGAAUAACAAAUUAAUGAACACCAGCGUGGACAGGCUCUUUGAGAACGAGGGUGACGUCUUUCUUAGCUCGAGCUACGCCGAGUUUCAGCAGCUGCCUUCCAUACAAGAGACAACGACCAACAGCCAACCGAAAGCUCCACCGAGGACCAGAGGACAAUCGAAAAGUCCCGAGGGUAUCAAAGCCGAGCCUUCCGCAGCUUCCACGCCAGAGCGUAGAGUCGCAGGCAGAGAAUCUCCCGCUCCAUCGACGGCCAGAAGUUCCAGAAGAGACUCUCUGGCAGAGAAGCCAACCGGAGUGGCGGCAAAGAUCACGGAACCCACCGCGAUCCCUGUUCGAGCUACGCUAGGCGGAGAACAUCUCGAGCAAAGUUACAACGGUGACCUGUUCAAAGAGUAUCAAAAGCAGAAGCAAAGGCUGCAGGAGAAGUUCCAGCAGAGAGAAAGGGAAUGGGACGAUCUGGUCAGACAGUUGUCGACUCCGUUGCCCCCCCAAGUGGUCGACAACAGACUUCAGGGAGACGGUAUAAAGCCACCUUUGGGGAGCAAAGGACCUUCACCUGUUCACACGAGUACGCCUGCACGGUCUGGUAUCCAGUCACCGAAGCCUACGAUCAAUGGAUCUGAGCCUGUUGUGAGACAGAACUCGGCGCUGAGCAAUGCUUACGACGUCAGAGCACAAGAGAGUCAUUACGACGUCGUCAAGUCGAUAAAGCAAGAGCCGAGGCAGGAGCUCGAUGCCAGCAACGGGAGCAACAAUGGCGGUAGACCGAGAUUCGUGCCUGUGACGGCGCUCGAGGACGUGCAAGCGGUUCGUUGCGCGGAAUUCCACCCCCAUGGAAAGUUGUACGCCGUGGGAUCGAACUCGAAGACGCUGAGAAUAUGCUCAUAUCCAAAGCUUCACGAUGUCAGAGAGGAUCAUCAGACGUAUCAGCCCACCGUUCUCUUCAAGAGAACGAAACAUCACAAGGGUUCGAUAUAUUGCCUGGCGUGGACACCGGAUGGACAGCUGAUGGCGACCGGAAGCAACGACAAGACUGUCAAACUGAUGCGCUUCAAUGCCGAUACAUCAAAUCUCGAAGGACAAGAAGUCGAGCUAACGAUGCACGACGGUACUGUUCGCGAUCUGUGCUUCCUCGAGGACACCUCGAACAAGUCGAGUCUGUUGAUCAGCGGAGGUGCCGGCGAUUGCAAGAUCUAUGUCACCGAUUGCGCGACAGGCACACCCUUUCAAGCUCUGAGCGGUCACAGUGGCCACGUGCUCACCCUUUACAAUUGGGGUGGUGCGAUGUUCGUCAGCGGAUCACAGGACAAGACUGUCAGAUUUUGGGAUCUUCGAACGAGAGGUUGCGUGAACAUGGUCACGCCAGCCACGGUACCUGGUAGCAGGCAUUUGAUCCCGUUGCAGGUCGGCAGCCCGGUAGCUGCGCUUUGCGUCGAUCCAUCCGGACGUCUUCUGGUGUCCGGUCACGAGGACAGCAGCUGCGUCCUCUUCGACAUCCGGGGCGGCAGAACCGUGCAAUGCUUCAAGCCCCACGCUGCUGAUAUCCGAAGUAUACGCUUCUCGCCUUCUGCAUACUACUUGCUCACCGGUGGUUAUGACAACAAACUCGUUCUGACUGAUCUACAAGGUGAUUUAACGAUGCCCUUGCCGAGCGUGGUAGUAGCGCAACACCAAGACAAGGUUAUUUCCGGUCGAUGGCAUCCGACGGAGUUCUCGUUCCUCAGUACUUCCGCUGAUAAGACAGCGACUCUGUGGGCUCUGCCGCCUGUCUAAACACGUCGAUAACACGCAUUCGUUACACUUACUUUCAGGAACGAUCAGGCUUAUACUCAAUCACGAUCGUUCGUUCUUCCCCCUUGUUUAAAUCAACACCACGAAUUAAUUACUUUCUUUCUUUCUCUAUGUAUAACGAAGACGAAAUCGAAAGAGCAAUCAAGCGACACUGAAUUUCAUUUUUUUUCUUCUUUUUUUUUUUUUUUUAACAGUGAGACGUAAAUUUCUUUUUUUCUUAAUCCACGAAAGAAAUCUGACAAUGAGUGGAAAGAUCGUCGCCGGACACGCGAGAACGAGCGAUCGUGAACGUGUAUCGACGCGGAGCGGUGUUGGAACAGGAAGGAAAAGUUCAUCACGCGUUCGAGUGUAAUUCAACCAUGACCAAUUAAACCUUCUUGAGGCGCUGCAGUGGGGCUCGGUCGAGCGUGAUCGAGACACAGCGCGCGACGGCACGUGCGAGAAACAAUUACAAUCACGCCGAGGAAUAUUGUUAACGCGCGUUAUUAAGUAAACGUUACACGCUUCGAGAGCCUCGAACGAGAAUGAGUGAAAGUGGAUUUUCGCGUAGAGACGACGCACCGAGCGUAUCUAAUCGUUUAUCAACGACGGCGAAUCGUCCGUUAGGAAUCAUAAGACUGCGGAAGAAUCGACAAGAAGACCUUUCGUCAAUGGAGAUACUUAAUACGAGUCGAGUCACGACAUCGUUCACAAAGUUUUCUCUUUUCUUUUUUUUUCUUCUUUCUGAAAGCAACAUUUUAUAACGAGAGAGAACAAACGAUGCGACGACACGCACGCUGUCGUCGCGAGCGUAUUUCUUUGUAGACUCAUCGUAUAACGUUUGUCUCUCUCUCUCUGUCUUUUUCAUAGAGUUUCUUCGCGGUCGUGUGUUUUGUCCCGGUGUACAUACGUUUAGUGAUAGAAUUGAAGAGUGAUGAUCCGCCGGAGACGGAAACCCGUAUGCUCCCGAUACACGCGCAAUAUCCGCUCUUCGUAUGUUUUAGAUUCUGAAUGCUCUCUCUUAGUACUCUUCGUUGCGAAUAACACCUUCUAGAUUUACGUUGCCGCUCAAACGUUUGGAGCAUCCUUUACUUCCCGAACGAAACAAGCCUCUUCGUUAUAUAUUUGUUUCGAGAAAGAAGGGCACAUCGUUGAGUAUGAUUAUAUGAAACCUUUCUAGUAUAAAAAAGACAAUGUCACGAACGAACUAUUUAUUUCUUUUGAAGUUUUAACGCGUUUCAAAUUUUUUAGCGGCAAUAUUCCUAUGAAUAAUAUUUGUAAAAUCUACGUACAACAUCGAUCGAUUAUCGUUUGCUUAUGUCUUUUAUUUUUUCUUCGUUUUUUUUUUCUUGCUUUUCUUUCUUGUUUGUCCAUGUUUCUUUUUUCUACUUUUAUUUAAAUCGUUCACAAAGCGUUUUAUUUCCCAUAAAAAAAAAGAAAAAAAAAAGAAAAAAAAUAUCGUCGUCCCUGUCUUAUCGAUCCCCCGAAGUCACGCCAAAUAUUCGCAUGUUACGUAUAUUAUAAUAUAUUAGAUAUCUAUUUCAUAUUAAGAGGAACAUAUACGUAUGUACGCUCAUUAUUAAUCGCUAUUUUUUACCAAGACGAUACGACGAGAAACAGAAUUCUUUCCGAGCGUGUCGGAAAGACUCGGAACGAAGGAACUGAUUGGUUCCGUUACGACGCGAUAAACGUAGCACGAUAAGCGUGGCGGACGAGCAAGCUUUACGGUUUACGUUGUCGCUUGUCGCAAUCGCCAAAGCUGUCGGAUUAGCCCUAGAAAAUUUUGGGGAAAAAAAGAGGGAGGAAGCAUCGCCGCUGCUCGAGACACCGGCGACGAAACGAAUCGCAGUUUUUUUUUUUCUUGUAUAUAACGCGCACGUUUCUUCGAGUUAUUCGUCUGAUCAAGCGCCACACACAAUUGUGUCUCUCACCUUUCGUUUCCGUUUCAAGACGAAGAUUAAUCCCUAAGUACUAUCGUUGGGAUAGAUUAUUGGAAUUUUUGUGUAUUUCAUUUUAUUUCGUAUUCUAUUUUCGUAGUCUUCGACAGAGAUUAGUAACAAAGUCGAGUCAAAUUGAAAAUUUCAAAAUUAAGCGAUCUACUUUGGGAUUUGACGUUCUUUGUGACAGAAGUCAAGAGUAACAUGAAAUUACAUUAAAAAUUGCAGAAUUGAAUAAUUCACGAUAGAGAAUGUAAUGAUGUUAAACUUAAAUUUAAUUGAAAAUUUCAAGCUUAACAGUAAGUAAAGCCUAAAUUGUUGUAAUUACCAAAGUUCAAUGAUUAUUGACUACCAUUUUACCAGCUCAAUGAUUAUUGACUACCAUUGAUUACCACUUAGGGGUUAACAAAGUAAGAAGCAUCGUCUGUCUCUUUAUGCCUGUCGUCCAUGCAUCUAGCAAUUAUAAAUCGCACCGGAUAAUCUUUUAUAUGCACAUGCCUGAAUGCAAAAGAGAAAACAAGAGACGGAUUAGUGGAACUAAUGCUGUGAGAAGUAGCAAACGUUACGGGAACGCUAUCUUUAAGCAAUCUGAGAAGUGAAUACAGUGAAGCCUUCUUUACGUAAACCUCUGUAUUUCGAAUAAAUAUCUUAAUAUUAUUAUCAAGACGGAAUGUCUGUUGGUAACUAGAAAAUCCUUUACGCGAACCUCUAUUUUUCGAGUGAAUAUCUUAAUAUUCGACACAGAAUGGCUACUAGUAGCUAGCUAGAAGAUCCAUCUGCUCCUAACAGACGUUCCAUUUUAGUGACGAUACGUGAAGAUAUUCGAGAAAGAGAGCCUUACGUACGAGAGAUUCGACUGUAUUCGAAGAAAGGAGAAGAAAGUUAUCGUGCUUCGUGACAGAAGUGAUAUUCCGUUCCCGUGCACGAGACGCUGCCUCACGAUCGAUCAUUUCGUUUCAUUCGUGACGCGUAGGCUGCGUUCUUUGCGAUUAAUCGAUGAAGAGCUCGGUCAGAGGAGAAGGAAAGGGAAAGAAACGAAGCGUCCGCGAGAAUGCGUGCGAGCAUCUGCUUCCGUGUAGCAAUUUGUCGUGCCUUCUGUCGUGACUGCUUUCGGCGAUUCGCACCUAUUUUUAUAUUUUUUCGUGUCCACCCCCUCGACUUCUCCCCCAUUUCCAUUAUCCUUGACUCUUUCUCUUUGUCUACCCACCAGUUUCGAGAUAUUAGAAAUCAUUCGACGAUCGUUCGACGAUCCUCGAGAAAUACCUUCAUCCCAUCGAGAGAAAAAAAAAAAACUAUCGUAAAACGCUGAAAUAAAAUGUGAAAAAAAAUUUUCUUUGCUAUCUCGUACGAUAAUUUACCGUAUCAUAAUAUAAAUAUAUAUAUAUAUAUAUAUACAUAAUGGUAUACAUAUAGCAUAACUUAUAACUUUGUACUUUUCCUGUAGAUACGACAUAAUACUGUCACGUCUAAUUUAAACAAUAAAAUUUACGUUAUUAAA